CGCCUGAGCUGAAGCUUGCCGCGAAACCUCAGCAGCUGUCCCGCGUCUAUCCUCCUCCGGUGGCACGCUCGGCUUCCCGCCAUGCUCAUCUCCCGCCAGCAGGUGGCGCCCUCGUGCGUCCAGGACCUGGAAGCGGCCGAGGCGCUUGUCAGCAUGAGUUUCUGGGGUCAGCGGUCGCCUGAGCCCCGCCCACUGACGCCGAUGUCUGACUCGUGUGACUCGAUGGCUCCGCACUCGGAAAGCGGGGACUCGUCCAAGGACCUGGUGGCGCUGUCCUCACUGUGCAUGACGCCGCCUCAAAGUCCGAGCUUCGCCGAGGCCUGCUCCGCCCGCAACGCCUCCAAAGAUGCCGUCGUGACUUCAACGCUUCCACUUGACGUGGCGGUGGCUGCCAGAGCGAUGGCGACCAGCGUCAUUCGCCACACGGCUGACAGUCUGAGUGCUCAGAGGCUGCCGUUCCCUGCCCCUGUCCUGCCCACACAAAGUCCAGACAGUGAGCGCGGGAAGCAAGCACCGCCUCUUCUUCCCACAUCAGUAUCUUCCUCGCCGCACCCUGCGGCCUCACCUCUCCUGUGUCAGGUCUUCCCUCUCAGCGGGCGGCCGAGAUUGAUCUCGGCCUUGGUUCCAGGCGGCGUCCGGUCCAUCCUGUCUCAGCCAUUACUGGUGGGCUCGGCCUUGCCGGGUGCCGUCAUGUUAGUGGUGCCGCCCGUAUCGCACCCGACGACGAGCCCCCAGACUGUCAUGACGCUGGGCAACACCAAGCUCCUCCCCCUGGCCCCCGCUCCCGUGUACGUGCCGUCAGGUGCCAGCGGGGUCGCUUCGUUGGACUUCACCCGCAGACGAAACUACAUGUGUGACUUCCCAGGAUGCAAGAAGACGUACUUCAAGAGCUCGCACCUCAAGGCUCACCUGCGCACGCACACAGGUAGGGGCGGUGCCAAGUUGUUGUUUUCCAACCUAGCCGUUAGCAGCGAGCUAACAGUUGUUUCCCCUGCAGGGGAGAAGCCGUUCAGUUGUCGCUGGGAAGGCUGCGACAAGAAGUUUGCUCGCUCCGACGAACUGUCUCGCCACCGCAGGACGCACACGGGCGAGAAGAAAUUUGUCUGCAGUUUGUGUGAGCGCCGCUUCAUGCGCAGCGACCACCUGACCAAACACACGCGCAGGCACACCAGCGCAAAGAGGGCAACCUCCUGGCCCGUCGAGGUCAACAAAGGUCCAGACAAAGGCUCCGCCCUUUUGACUAAAAACUAAAAGAUGGUGGUGUAGCCACUGGACACAAUCAGACCCGCCUCUUUUCUACUCUAAAAUGAGCGUUUACUUCCAAAGUCAACUUAUCACCUCUUAGCUUAGACAGGAUAACGUUAGCAUCAUCACACGCUAACUUUUCUACUUUCUGCUAACGGCAGCUCUUCCGCGAGCUAACGAAAGGACAAACUUACCAGUGUGCUACUGUUAGCUUGUCUAAUUGUUCAUUGAGGUCUUGUAACGACAAAAAAACAACAAUCACUUUUCUCACCUCGCUCAGGAUUUUUUUAACAGCAACUUGUUGGAGGAUGACAAGAUGGCUGCUAUUUAUUGACGGACACAAACAAACAAUAAAGGUGUCAUUGCACUACAUUUUUAAACUUGUUUUUGUAAGACCAUGUAUGUGUACAUACAGUAUAUGUAUGCUGAUGUUCAAUUCAUCUUUCCAUCUUUAGCACACCUUUGAUUUCUGUGCCAAAGCCUGAGCGUUUUGCUAGCUUGUGAACAAUGUACAUACAUGAUGGAAUUAAUGAAUGUUUAUUGUCUUUCUGCAUCUAGUGACUCGAUGACAUUGAUAUUCUCACUGUGAUACUACCUACUACUAUUAUUUCAUAUAUAUCUGUUGAUUUAGUAUAGCCAGGGAGAAAAAUACCUCAUGUUAUUCUUAAAUAUAAGUACAUUUGCCUGUAAGUGAUGAAGAAUAUGUGUUUUUAUAAUAAAAUGUAC